AAAUUAUAAAAUGUAAUAAUUAAAAAUUCUGAAGUAUAAUAGGUGAUGAAAAUAAUUAAAGAAUACUAGAAAAUAGCCUAAUACUUCAAAUAAAUCAAUAUUUACAAUAAUUUACUUUUGGAAUUAAGUACUCAUCUUACAAAAUAAACUCCCAUUAAAGAUGGACUAAACCUUAGACAAACAGUAUUAAUCAACUUAGUCCUCGUUCUUAGACACAUUUAAUUAAAAAGUUAAACCAGUAGAACAUUUCAUCGUUAAAAUCGAUGACUUAAGGCACUUUAAAAUAAAAUUAACUCCAUAUAUGUUGUUUAUAAGACUGUCGUUGUAAGAACAUCAAUUAAUCUUACAAUUUAUAAAUAAUCCCCAGCUUGAUUGGUCUCACUUAACCGCAAGUUCCAACUGAAAGUCGAUUUCGCUCAUUUAUAAUAUUAAGCCCGCCUAUAAAUUUCUUGAAGUAGGGUUUCUUGCAAAGUUACAA